UUGUUCCGACAUUGGGGGGAUGUUGUUCGGAUAGUUGUUCGAUUUUUGGGUUGCAGUCUUGGCCUGCGACGUAUCGGUCGCCCGUUUCGGUUGCGCCGUUUUUGCCUGCGCCGUUUUGGGCUGUAUCCCCUCACAAAUUGAUGCAAAUAUUUUUGAUACGUUUAACACCAUAUUUUUCUUACAAUUAGUUUUAUAACCUCUUUGUCUAAUUUGUAGUUAAAUUAAUGUUUUAGUUGAUAACUGAGAACUUACUUCAACUCUUUUUCUAAUUAUUUAAAACAUCAACUCAACUAAAUGGUUUCUAAGAGGAACAAUAGAACUCAAAUGUGCCUGACAGCUGAUGAACGAUAUGACCAACAAAAUUCUCUCCAACGACACACUUCGAAUGAUACGAGUACUAAAAGAAUUAAUGGGAACUCAGGAAGAACAAGUUCUUCGUCUUCCUCUGAGCAUUUUUGCAUGGAUGAGAGUGCUGGAACAAGUUCUGCCAGCAGCGCUUCUACUAACAACAAUAACUUGGUUGUGGCAGUAAAUGAACAUGGACAGCUAGUUUGUGCCAAUUAUUUUACCCAAGUGCCUGUUCUUUCACGCUCUCGUCCUUGCUGGGCAAGACUAAAAUAUCAGCCAACAAUUGAAAGUCUUCACGAUGAAAUUAUGGACCUAUAUAAUUGGCUAAAACCUACAGCAGAAGAGAUUUGGUCCCGUCGUUUGCUUUUUAAUAGAACAAGUGAUAUAAUUAAAGGGAUUUGGCCUGACUCUAAUGUACAAAUGUUUGGAAGUGUUGCAACAAAUUCCUUUCUCCCUUCAUCAGAUAUUGAUAUAUGUGUUAGGACUACAAACUCAAUUCAAAUACCAGAAGACCUUCAUAAAGUAGCAGAUGUUUUAAAGGGAUUCCACUUCGAGAAUAUUCAUGUUUUGGACAAAACUGCCUUUCCUCUUGUCAAAUGUACUGAUCAGCUAACACAACUAAAUAUUGAUAUUAAUUUUAACAUUGGUGGGCGUAUUGAUAAAACUGUUCGCUGGAUUCGAGACAAACUAGAUUUUAUGCCUCAUAUGGAACCCUUAUUGCUUGUUUUGAAGCUUUUCCUUGCACAGCGUGGUCUUAAUAAUCCAUAUACGGGUGGAUUACCGUCAUAUGCUCUUGUUGUUAUGCUGGUUCAUUAUUUGGAGUACAUUCGUUUAAAAAACAAAUCAGAUGCUGCUCAUAAAGAUUCCUAUGACUACAUGACCCUAAUUGGAAGGAAACCGUUAGGCCUUUUACUUCACUAUUUCUUCUUCUACUUUUAUUGUUUUGAUUAUUCUGAAUUGGGCAUAAAAGUUCGAAAUCGUCUGUCGGCUUCGUUAGUUUUGCAUAAGAAGGAAUUGAUUGAAGAACUUGGCGAAGAAAUUUUUUACUCGAGUCCAGUCUUCAUUUGCGAUCCUUGUGAAAGAGGCAACAAUCUUGGUCGCUCAGCUCAUAAUAUUUUGGUAAUUUUUUGUUCUCUUUUCUAUAAUUUCCUUUUAAAGACGAUCCGGCAAGCCUUUUAUGACGCUUUUAGAACAAUUGGUACAACAUUCAACCAUUGUAGUCAACUCUCUCCUUAUUUAAAAAAUUUAUAUUGUGGUCCAUUAUUGACGUUGCUUAUCACUGAUGAACUUCUAAGUGGACGAAAACGCAAUAUUCACAGGUUGAGAGAAUUGCUUUCUGGUUCUUGCCGCGGUCAUCAAAAUUCUAUUUUGUCAUUAGAUAGCAAUAAAAACGUAGUUGAAACAACUAACAAUAAACAUGAAGAAAAGAAGGAGAAACAAGAUUGACAAUGCUCAAUUUUGCUAAAAAUAUUUAAAGGCGGGCAACAAAUACUUAAAAAUCAUGUGCUAAAAUCCCGUAUAGGAAUAAUCCCAUAACAUUAUCUUUUUUGUUUAUUCUGUAUCUCAUGAGCAUAUAUCCUCCUUUAACUUUUCCAAUUCUUGUUUUCAGGUGUCAUUGCCACAUGUUUAUAGUUUAGUUAGUCUUAGGUUAUCAGAACAUUUUUUCUGUUACCAUUUAUAUUUCCCGCUAAUCAAGCAAUCUUGGAGAAUAUUUAACCAAAAAGAUGAGAAAAAAUAUAUAUCUAAUGAAAAUCAAAUUAAUUCUCUAGGAUUGUGUUUUGCAUUUGUUUUCAUUUGUUUUUUAUCUUUCUCCAUGCCUUUCAUUUUCUCAGUACUAUAUGCACAUAUAACUUUGAAAGAUCUUGAUUAUUCUCACCGAAAAGGGUAUCCGUUUUUCUCCAACAAUUAAUUUUUGGUUCUUUAUAAAACAACGAUGAGAUGAAUUGUUUAAAUGAGAAAAACAAAAAAAAGAAUCAUCAUCGCAAUUUAAAAAUUUACAAUCAAUUAUUGAAAACGAGUAAAUAGAUA